AUGCAGCGUGGGAUGGGAGGUCCAAUGGCCGGCUUAGGAUUUGGAUUGCCAAUGUCUCGUAUCUACGCCAAAUACUUUGGUGGGACUCUGGAUAUCAAGGUGGUUGAAGCACAUGGCUGUGAUACAUUUAUGAGAGUACCGAAUAUCUCUACUCUCCCAGCUACUCUACAGAUCUGA